UAGUAGUGCCGCUGUGUUUGCGGUAUGACGCUCUCGUGCAUUUUCGUCAUGGAUCUAAAAGGAAGGGUGAUAAUCAGUCGCAACUAUCGUGGCGAUGUGCCUAUGUCUGUUUCUGAGAGGUUUGUGCAGUACUUGCAAGAAAACGAUGAAAUGGAUCAAAGGCCAAUCUUCACGGAUGAAGGCUUUACAUUCGCCUACACCAAGCACAACAAUUUGUUUCUCAUGUGUGUAACUAAGCGCAACUCUAAUAUCGCUCUCCUUCUCAUGUACCUCUACCGCCUAGUGACGGUUUUCAAAGACUACUUCGGGGAACUUGACGAAGAAAGCAUUCGUGACAACUUUGUGAUUAUUUAUGAGUUGAUGGACGAAACAAUGGACUUCGGCUAUCCUCAGGCAAUGGACUCAAAAAUUUUGAGAGAGUUUAUCACUCAGGAAAGUAAUAGGCACGAAACUGCGCCAAGGCCCCCUAUUGCGGUUACGAAUGCUGUGUCGUGGCGCAGCGAGGGUAUCAAACACCGAAAAAAUGAGAUAUUUUUGGACGUUAUUGAGCGCCUAAAUUUGUUGGUCGCCGGAAAUGGAACUGUGUUGAACUCCGAGAUUAUUGGUGCUAUCAAAAUGAAAUCCUUUUUAAGUGGCAUGCCUGAGCUGAAGCUGGGUCUAAAUGAUAAGCUCAUGUUUGAGGCAACCGGUCGUCCAAUGACGCGCGGGAAAGCAGUCGAGCUUGAAGACAUCAAAUUUCACCAAUGUGUGAGAUUAGCUCGAUUUGAAAACGACCGUACAAUAUCUUUCAUACCCCCAGAUGGAGAAUUUGAUCUGAUGACUUACCGCCUUUCCACCCAUGUCAAGCCUCUCAUCUGGGUAGAAGCAGUCGUAGAACCCCAUUCGCACAGUCGAAUUGAGUACAUGAUCAAGGCAAAGAGCCAGUUUAAGAGUCGCUCGGUCGCAAAUAACGUAGACAUCAUUAUUCCCGUUCCACAUGAUGUAGAUUCCCCUUCCUUUAAAUCAAGUAUAGGCACAGUAACUUACUUGCCCGAUCGUAACGUGAUUGUCUGGAGCAUCAAACAAUUCAACGGAGCUAGAGAAUAUUUGAUGCGAGCACAUUUUGGACUUCCUUCAGUGUCCAGUGAGGACCCUGAACAUUGGAAAGCACCGAUCGAAGUCAAAUUCGAAAUUCCUUACUUCACAGUCUCCGGAAUACAAGUCCGAUACCUGAAAAUAAUAGAGAAAAGUGGCUAUCAAGCUCUGCCAUGGGUGCGCUACAUAACUCAAAAUGGAGAUUAUCAACUCCGAAUGGUAUAAUUUUUCCUUGGUCAGCUCCCAAGUGGCUAAGAAAAGCGAACGCGUCUGUCAAAUGUUGUCGGUUUCGAACAUAGAGUUCAAUCAGCCAUUUUCUACAUACUCCUUGACGAGCGUCCUUGGCGUCAAGCGCCUAAUCAGCACGACUACAGUAGCACCCGCACAAAUUAGGGGGUCGGAGCGGGGGGGCGACGCGGGAAACUCGACGCUUUCUAGUUUGAACCCCACCCGCCCCGAACGCGGGAAAUUCGACGCUUUCUACUUUACACCAGAGAGACUCGAGCGCGAUUGACCAGCGCACGCGCGCCCUCCUAAUAAAGCACACGCCAGU